CACUCUGCUGCUUAAUUUUUCUUUGGCUUUGUUUCUCAUUCUUACCCAGGCAGAUAUUCAUUCUCUACUGCCUGCAACACACCACAUAAUAAAACCAACAAAAUAGAUGAACGCCGCACUAGCAGACGAGAACGACCCCCUUUUGGGAACAGUCGCGGAGCAACAUGUCCGCCAUGCGGUGACCGAGGACCCUGACGACAUUGGCUCCGACUCUCAGGAGUCGGGCGCCGUCCUGGUCGAUGGAGAGCUGCUCGAGUUUGACCCCAAAGGUGACCCGGAAAAUCCGAUGGAGUGGGCGCCCGCCUUCAAAUGGAGCAUUGUCAGCUUGUUGGCCCUUUUUGCAUUCUGCAUAACAUUCACCUGCAUUUCCGUCGUCCCAGUCGCCUCACAAAUCGUUCGGGACCUGGACGGCGAUGAUGAUAGUUCCCGGGAUUCGGCCUCUCGGGCCGCCAGCGCUGCCCUCCUGGUGACCAUCUGGGAGCUCGGCGAGGCGGCCGGCCCGCUGCUGAUCGCCCCACUGUCCGAGAUCUACGGCCGGUGGCCUGUCAUCAACGGCGCCAACAUCCUCUUCGUGCUGACCACCGUGCUGGCCGCCACGUGCCGCCGCACCGACAUGUUCAUCGCCGCCCGGGCCAUGACCGGCGCCGCCGUCGCCACAAACGUCCUCAACCCGGCCAUCGUCGGCGACAUGUUUGUGCGCGAGGAGCGCGGCAAGCCCAUGAGCCUGUGCAUCUUUGCCCCCAUGCUCGGCGGAGCCAUCGGGCCCAUGCUCAGCGGCGCCGUCGCCCAGACCCUUGGCUGGCGGAGCUUCAUCUGGAUCAGCGCCGGUUUGGCCGCCGGCUGCGAGCUGAUCUUUCUGUGCUUCUUCCGCGAGACCUACAAGGUCGCCAUCCUAAAGAAGAGGAGGGCCGCCGUUGGAGAGGCCAAGGAGAGAAGCCGACGCGUGGCCUACGGAACCGUGCACGAGUGCCAGAAGGUUGAGGCUCCGGUCAGCAGCGGGCAGAUGCUGUACGAGGCUAUUCUGCGGCCGGGCAUCGUUUUGUGGGGUUCUGGGGUGCUUUUGGCCCUUGCGUUUGCCGGCUCCAUCUCCUUUUCGUAUUUUUACAUCAUUUCGGUGACUUUGCCGGAAAUGUUGGCGGAUCGGUAUGGAAUGACGCCUGCACAAACGGGUGCUUCAAUGCUGAGUUGGAGCUUCGGAGGCUUUAUCGCCAUCUUCAUCUGCAACCGGUUCCUAGACAGCAUCUACAUCAAGCUCCGCGACAGCAAUGGCGGCCGCGGCCUCCCCGAAUAUCGCCUGCCACUCGUCGUCCUCGGCGCCGUGACCGUACCCCUCGCCACGGCCGGCUACGGUUGGUCGGCAGAACUGCGCCUCCCGCUCCCAGUCCUGCUUGGCACUGUCGUGCUCAUGGGCGUGUCCAUCAUGCUGACGGCGAUGCCGCUCAUGGCGUACGUGGUCGAUGCAUUUGGCGUCUACUCGGCCUCGGCUAUUACCGGCGUCAUCAUCCUCAGGUGCCUGAUGGGUGCUUUCCUCCCCCUGAUGGUCGCGCCGCUCGUGCGGGGCCUGGGUUGGGGUUGGGCAUUUACCUGCUUGGCGGGUCUCAUCGCCUCUGUAGCUCCUAUUCCCAUCCUUAUCUUGCGAUAUGGAGAGCGAUGGCGGGCUGCCAGUCGGUAUUCAAGGGAUGCCUGAGAUCUAGGUUAUGAACUGUAUGGAUUUAUGGACUUGCGCACGCGCCGAGGAUCGAAAUGAUGAUAAUAAAAAAAAGGAAAAGAGGGAUUACAUGACGGCUGAUGAUACUACGCAAACUACUUGGGGGCUGUACGUUGUGGGCUCCCUCAAAGAGGGGGUUGCAAUAUCAUGAUUUUUUGACAAAAUCGUGGGCCAAAAUUUUUCUUGAAAAUCGAGCUUACAAAUAUUUUAACCCAUAUAAACCGUAGUCUCAGUGCUCAGACUAGACCACCCCUGCUUCGCAGUGGUGGACCGGACGCUCCAUGUACCUUUCAGCCACACGGCUUUUCGA